CGCCAUUCUUCCCACCACAGAAAUUUCCCUUUUCCUCUUCUCUUAUCUUCUAUAAAUUCCAUCCCAUCGCAUUUCAUUCAAUCAACCCUUCAACCAAUUUCACCCACUUGGCCACGCUUCUUCCUCUGCCCCCUUCUCUCUCGCUUCCCCUUCUGGGUUGUUCCUUCGAAAUCUGAAUCGAAACAAUUCGAAUUCCCCGGUUCGGUUUUGAGGAAUUGGGGGUCUGGAUUGAGUUUCCGGAGGAGGGAGAUCGCAGAUAACACAGGAAUCUCGAGGAAAUUUCCGGUGGGGUAAUACCCGGGUUCGUCAAGUUGUAGACAUCACGGCUAAACACGUAGUUUCCCGGCCGAUCAUUCAUGUCCGGGCUGUACGACGAAAGGUUUGUGUGACUCCGACCAACCCUUCGCCGCACGGCGGGCGUGGUGCUCUGCCUUCAGAAGGAGGUAGUCCUUCCGAUCUCCUCUUUCUUGCGGGCGGUGGAUUUUGCUUCUCCUCUUCGUAUUAGCUUUUACGGUCGUCGCUGUUGUUAGUUCUUUUUAGUUCUACCGAUUAGAAAUUUGACCUCUGAAAAAAGUUUCCUGCUCGUUUCUUUGUUAUUGGGGGCUUUUGGCCUUUGGCUUUUGGUGUUCAAUUUUAAUUGAAUAAGAGAGAGUCAAUAUGUUGAGGAUUAAGCGGGUUCCUACGGUGGUAUCUAAUUACCAAAAGGACGAGGCCGAGGAUGUCGCUCGCAGAGGAGGGUGCGGACGCAACUGUCUCAACAAGUGUUGCAUUGAAGGAGCCAAGAUUCCAUUGUAUGCUGUCAAGAAGCUUGACAAGAUAACCGGUUCAAAAGGCUUGUGCUGCGAAUAUGGGAACAGGGUGCCUCCUGUUGCUUUUCUUGACUCACUCCUUCUUGGGGAGUGGGAGGACCGGAUGCAGCAGGGGCUUUUUCGCUACGAUGUCACUGCUUGUGAAACUAAGGUGAUUCCUGGGAAGUAUGGUUUCAUUGCCCAGCUGAAUGAGGGGCGCCAUUUGAAGAAGAGGCCUACUGAGUUUCGAGUUGAUAAGGUUCUUCAGCCCUUUGAUGGUAACAAAUUCAACUUCACCAAGGUUGGGCAAGAAGAGGUCCUCUUUCGGUUUGAAACAGAUGAAGAUGGGGAUACACAGUUUAUUCCAAAUGCCCCCGUUGAUGUCGAAACUUCUCCAAGUGUGGUUGCCAUUAAUGUCAGUCCUAUUGAAUAUGGCCACGUGCUCCUGAUCCCACGUGUUCUCGAGUGCUUGCCGCAAAGGAUCGAUAAAGAAAGCUUCUUGCUAGCACUACACAUGGCAGUGGAGGCCGGGAAUUCAUACUUCCGACUCGGGUACAACAGCUUGGGUGCAUUUGCCACCAUCAACCACCUUCACUUUCAGGCAUAUUACUUGGCGGUCCCUUUUCCUAUCGAGAAGGCUCCGACAAAGAAAAUAAUCACUUUGAAUGAAGGAGUAGUUAUUUCUGAACUACUAAAAUAUCCUGUCAGAGGACUCGUCUUUGAGGGUGGAAAUACUCUGCAAGAUCUAUCCGACUCGGUCUCUGAUGCCUGCAUAUGCCUUCAAGAAAACAACAUUCCUUACAAUAUCUUAAUUGCUGAUUGUGGGCAACGUGUCUUUCUUCUCCCACAGUGUUAUGCUGAGAAACAAGCACUUGGGGAAGUGAGUGCAGAGCUCCUCGACACCCAAGUGAACCCAGCAGUUUGGGAAAUAAGCGGUCACAUGGUGUUGAAGAGGAAGAAGGAUUAUGAAGAAGCGUCGGAGGAAAAUGCAUGGAGGCUCCUCGCCGAGGUUUCCCUAUCGGAGGAGAGGUUUCAAGAAGUGUGUGCUCUCAUCUUUGAAGUCAUUGAUACAGCCGGUGCCGAAGAAAAUGCUGAAGAUAGCUCCAGCAUGCCUGAGGAGCACGGUGAUGCUAGUCUUGAGGAAGUGGAAGGCAAUGCCUCCCGCCCGCCCCAGGUGACCGGGACGCAGGAAUGCUUAGUUCUGCAGUGACUACUACUACUGCUGUAAGGGUUUGAUGCUUUUAGUAAAAACUAAGUGUAUGGUCUAUGUUGGAAGCUUUGUGUGUGUGGUUGAAGUGUUGUUAUGAAUGUUUAUUUGCAAGUUUGGCUCUACUAUUUUGUUAGGAAGAGGGACCUUGACCUUGUGUUUCAUAUGUAUUUUUGUUACAUCAUGUGAAAUAAUAGUGUCUGCAGUUUGUCCUUGUGCUUGCA